UUCUUAAGCCCAAACAUAUGGGUAAGCAUGAGAGAGAAAAAGUGGCUCAAUAGCUUAGGAAAAUAUCCAAUGGCUUGUAAACACUUGGAGAAAUUCCACAUCAGCCAAAAUAUCCAGCACCUUAAUCAAAUAGGUUGUUUCCAGCAGCUUGAGCAAACUCACAGGCCGCUGGAAACAAAAUACGAAUAGCCUAGCCCAACAUCGUGGAAAAUAUCCAGCAUCUCUGUUAAAACAAGAUCGAAGCCAAACCAUCAAAACCAAGCAAACCCAUGUGCUAAUCACCCUUUUGACUAGCACCCUUACCCAUUCUUUCCUCUUCAAGCUUUGGUGAGAAAACAAGAAGAAAAAGUGGGUGACGCCUCACCCACGUGGAGGAGUCCAGCUGCAUGAGGACCUUGGAACCCCAAAAAGCUGCGUGCCUAUGUGUUCAAGCUAUGGAAAUUUCACCAAACAAGAUUAAAUGGAAGAAAGUGAAGAAAAAAAGGAAGGAGGCUUGACAAAAUUAAGGUUUCCAGCGUCUAUAAAAGGGGGCACUUUCUACCCUGCAAAAACAACAGAUCGAUGGCAAGCAUCCCCUCUGAACCCUUUAAUUUUAUGCUUUGUUCUUCCAUCUUCUUCCUCUCUCUCUCAAAACCCACAUCGAGAGAAAGCAAGCAUCAACCUCUCAUCCUUGGAACCUUUCGAUUUCAAGCCAUGUAAUUCCAUUGAUUCCCUUUUUCUCUUCCAUCAAGCCAUUACAGAGCAGUCGAGCAAGCUUAUUCUCUAACUACUGGAAACAUCAAGCCCAAGUACCUCACCUUUUAUCUCAUUCUUCUUUAUCCUAAGCAACACACAUCCAGAGAGCAAGCUUCAUCUCUCAUCCCAGAAACCUAUGCAAUUUUGAACCUCAUUCCUCUAUCUUCUCCCAUUUUCUCCUCUAGUAAAUCAUUUUAGAGCUUGACAAAGUUUUCGUCAAGCUGCCGGAAACUACUCAACACACCCAUUGUUAUUCCCCAAUCUCUCUCUCUUCAACGAAUCCUUUUAGAAUCCCUUCCCUCUUGCCUUAAAACCUCUGUUUCUCAUAGGAAAUCGUAGCUCUCUCUCUCUCUCUCUCUCUCUCUCUCUCAUGCUAAACUCAUGAAUACUCAGCUCCCAUGCCGCAAGCUUUUUAUGCAAAGCUAAGAAUUUAUCUGUAAGCGAUUGUUGGUUUCAUUGGUAAAGAAGACCAAGGUGUUUCCUAAGGCUCAGCUACCCUUUCGAAACACUCUUGGGGUCUGAUUCUUAAACUCGAGGGCAAUUUCAUACAUUUGGCUCUUUACAGCAUCUCAGCCCCAUCUGUAGCUACUGGAAUGAAAAAACCCCUACAACACUUUUUAAUUGUGAUAUGAAAAUAUGAUAAGAGUAGCAUUAUUUUUUAUUUUUUAUUUUUAUUUUUUAUGGAGGCAAAAAACCAAAUUUCUUGGGUUUGAUUGUUAGUGUUGCCCUUUGGAAGUUUGAGAAACACUUGUAUUUUAUUAUUCCGGCCAAAUAAAUUAUGACACGUGUGAUAACAUAAACUCCCAUAUGAGCCAGGAUAGCAAAGUGGCAACCAAAAAUAUAAAAACCAAAGUUGCAACCGAGUUUUUCUCUUGGAGUUUGGGUGGAAGGUUUCUUAAACCUCAACGACCUCGCUCCACAGUCUACAGGAAUACAACACCUUCCACGGAAGCUCUCAUGAGUUCUAUCAAAUUCCAUAUUCCUCAACUGGGUUUCAAGAAAAACUACCCAGAACCCCACCUACGCUAUCGUUUGGCGUUACCUUCUUCUUCUUCAACCCCAAGCCACAUCGUCUGUGGCCUCAGAGGGGGACCAAGAAAGCCUUUAUGGAGGUCAAGGGUGCUCUCAACUGAAGCCAUUCAGGCAGUUCAAUCUCUAAAGCUUUCCAAAUCAAACCCAUCAAAGCUCGAGCAGGUUAUGGGCGGUAGGCUCUCCAGGCUCUUGAAAGCUGACUUGUUAGACGCCUUGGCUGAGUUGCAGAGACAAAAUGAAGUGGAAUUAGCGCUCAAGGUCUUCAAAUUUGUGCGGGAGGAAGUAUGGUAUAAGCCAGAUCUAUCAUUAUACUGUAGCAUGAUCCUAUUGUUGGGAAAGAACAAACUGAUUGAAAUGGCUGAAGAGCUUUUCUCUGGAUUAAAGGAAGAAGGAUUAGAGUAUGACACUAGGGCUUUUACUGAGAUGAUUGGAGCUUAUAUACAAGUGGGUAUGACCGAAAAGGCAAUGGAAACAUAUGAGUUGAUGAAGGCAUCAGGUUGUGCGCCAGAUAAAUUAACGUUUACAAUAUUGAUUAGAAACCUUGAGAAGGUUGGAGAAGAAGAAUUGGCGGCUCACAUAAAGAAAUAUUGUGCUGAAUAUGUAGAUUCUCCUGAGAAAUUCUUUGAAGAAGUUGAAAGAAAACAUAGGACGAGAUCGUUCAAUCUUGUUUGAUAAUUUCCCGCUCUUGGGACUGCAAAUAUCGGGUCUGUUGACAGUGGUAUUACCAGUACAGAAAGAUGGUAGGUCAGUCGCUUGCUCGCCUGCGUGUGGACGAAUUCCUAGUCGUUGAUGCAUUGUGGACCACUGACCUUAGUAAUGCUCAUGUGAGGAACUAGAGAAAAUGGUUUAACAAAUUGUUUUUUGUAAUUUAUCAUAAGGCAGCAUGUUCAGAAGCCUUUUUCGGGCUAUUGCGUUCGUAUUAGGGAAAAUUGAUUUAAGAUCUAUAGAGUACAACCUCCUAGCAGAACAAUUUUGUGAUUAUAUAUCUUGUUCACUACAUAUGGUUGUGCAAUAAAUUCGGAUUAUGAAAAUAUUGCAUGCUUGUCAUCCAAGUAGAGCAAACGAAGACAAUUUGGAUGUAUCAUAUAUGGCAAUAUUGCAUGCCUUUCCUCACCUUCCUCUC